CAUGCCUGCCUCUGAAGGUAGAUGAUUUAGAGGGGCGUAACACUGACUUGUCUCCGUACACUUGGAAGAGAUUGGCAGAAGUCAAGCCCCGUCAGGUUUUGCCGGGUGCUCAGUUUCAGGUGGCAAAAAAAACUGAGAUUCCAAUGGCGAACAACAUAGCACUAGACAGCGAGGCAUCAGUAACAAUGAAGCUUGAUAAUCCAUACGAGAUAGUGAGACAACUGGCUUCCACCAACGCAGUAGUUCUGUUCAGCAUGAGUGGCUGUUGCAUGUGCACCGUGGCUAAACGCCUCCUCUUCGGGCUCGGAGUCGGCCCUACCAUCAUCGAGCUCGACCACCACGUCUCCGGCCCUGACAUCCAAGCUGUCCUCUUUCAGCUAGCCGCCGAUGGUCGACAGCCCGUUCCUGCAGUGUUUGUUGGUGGCAAGUUCCUUGGUGGCAUUGAAACACUCAUGGCUUGCCACAUCAAUGGCACAUUGGUCCCUCUCCUCAAAGAAGCUGGUGCACUUUGGCUCUGAU